AUGGCCUCCAUCUUUGUCCGCCCAGACUCGCCUCCUCCGCGCCAGCCAUCGCCUGACUUUCUGCCUGCGCCUCUGCCAUACCCACACCACCCGCGCAGAAUUGCCUCCCAGCCAAAAAUCAGAGUACACGAGCCCCCCAUCCCGCCGGGCCUGCAAUCCCGCCAAAGGACGCUGCACUCUGCCCGCUCCUGCGAUGUUCUCUCCAGUAGAUUGCCCGCCCCCGCCCCCGCCCCCGCCCCCGCCCCCGCCUCCUCGGCCCGCAGCAGCCCAGACUUUGUGCCCCGCCACCGCCGGACACUCUCCGUCGCAUUUGCCUCACCAGAGUCAUCCCGGUCCGCCAGUCCCGCAGCCAGCGCGCUCGACCACCAAGUCCCCCCGCUGCCCGCCAUGCCAUACCGCUACACAGGGCCCCAGCACAUCGUCUGUCCCACCCCCGUAGCACUCAACAAGCCCAUCGUCCUCACUCACCCCGACGCCGUAGACCACAUCCACUUCUGCGUCCCCGCCGCACCCUCUCCCCUCCCCGACGACAAACCCCUUCCACGCUCCAGCGUAGAGUCAGACUCCUCCGCCGCCGCACCCGUGCCUCCUCUCGAAAAACACAAGAGCAUGGGCAUCGCCUGUCUCAAGUUUUUUGGCAUCCGCACCGCGUCCGCCAGGCAGUCUCCGCCGAGGCCUGCAGUCACAGCCAUCUAG